UUAUGUGGGCUCUGCUGUCCAUGCUUUGUGUGUCCCUCCGCUGGCACCUUCUCCUCCUCCGUGUUCUUCUCGACCCCGACAUCCGCCCUCUUUCUGUUCCACGGGCUGUUCUUCUUGUCCAGCCAGCACCAACAGAUGGCCUGCCGGCUGUUGCUCUGCAUCGCUUCCUUGGCGCUGGACGAUUUGUGCCGGCUGAUGGUCUGGCAACGGCUUAAUCUCCUGGCGCUGUGUCUCCGACUUGGCCUGCUCCUGCCCCCCUCCUAGGUCCGCCUCCUCUGUGUCUCGGCCACUGUCCUCCUUUUUCUCUGGCCACAGGAUCUGCCACUCGCCCGGCCCAGCUGCCGACGUACGUGCCGCCCGACUCGGCAACGCGCUGCCGUAUUUUGCUGAGGCCGCCUUGGCUACUCCGGCUCCUUGCUGUGCCGAUGUCUUCUCGGCGCCCCGGACGGGCGCCUUCUGGUGGGCUUUGUCCUCCUUGCUUGUAAGCACUGGGAUACCCCACUUUGGGGCCGUCUGAGCGCCCUGGACGCCGACUCGACUGCAGCGGGGCCGAGAGGUUAGGUUUGGCGAUGUGCUGCUGGUGCGUCCGACAACUCUCACGCGCGCCGCUGCUGGUGUUGGCGCCACUUUAGGAGGGCACCGUGGCUUUCUCCUGUCCAGUGGUCGAAUGACAUCCGCCCGCUUCGGCACAGGGAAGGGGUUGAGCAAGUGGCGGUGUUGUUCUGGCGCGGGGGGGACCGUGGUAGUGCCUCCUCUCCUCUGGCGGCGAUGCACCACACAGCUUUUGGCAGGAACCAUUGUGGACCCAGGCCCGACGGUGGCCCCCGAGACACCGACACUGAGGUUGCUACCGGACGUCUCUUUGGCUGUCCCCUGCCUCUUUGCCCCGCUGGAUUGCUCGCUGCCCAUGGCCACCUCCCGACGCGCAUUCAGGGCCCCGGGCACGUCUCCAUUGGUUGCCUGCGUGCACGUCUGACCGAUUUGAGGGGCCAUCGGCUGAGGCGGCUGCUGGAAGAAAGCAGAUGACGACACUACACCGUUGCUGCUCGCUGAAGUGUGGGCCUGGCUACCGACGAACUGCUGGCCGAAGGGACUGGCCCGCAGAGACCCUGGAGCUACGGUUUUUGCCGGUGGAGCUGGCCGCAGCGAGAGCAGUGGACGAUGAUGCUGAGGCCGCGACGAAGGUGGCACUAGCUACCGAGGGCGACGGGGUGGUGGCGCUGGCGACUCUCGUCUUAAAAAUGGACUUGAGGGUGGCUUUGGUGCCGCUGACGGUGCUGUAACUGGGCGGGUCUUUAGAGAGGGGAGCUGCUGCUGACGAGAAUUCCUUGAUCGUCUCGAGGCGCUCCUUGUCGUCCGUGCCGCCGUCCGUCCACGACAGACGACGCGUGCCGUUUGAAGGUCCGCGGGACGCGACUGCGCGCUCGGCGACGACGGCUGCGUCGAAGCAAGAUUGUCCUUUCGUGAGUUAAUGUAGGCAUUCCUUAGCAAAAGUUGCUCCGAGUCCAGGUCGGCUACAGGGCCGGUCCAAUCAACGGACCGUAUCCUGUUGAGCUUGGGUCCGAAGAGCCUCGUUUCGUAGUCCUUGAGCUGCUGGAUGAAUCCCGGCUUGAUCCGAAUGUCGCCUCGACGAGACGUCAGGUACUCGAUGGUCUUCUGCAGUGACCAUUGGUACCUCUUCAUCAGGUAAGCGGCAAUGAUGCAACACGACCGUGACUGCCCUCGGAAGGAGUGGAUGAGGACUGACUCGCCCUCAUCGACGCUUUCUUGAAUAAACGCCGCCACAUCGUUGGCAACCUGAUCUCGGUUGUCCAGGAUCAGCUGCUUGUCAUGGUCCGGCCAGAAGUAAGUGAGGUACUGAAUGCCGAUACUCUCAUAGCUGUUGGGCACCUCGCGCCCAGCGCAGUUCACGACGUGAGAGACCUUGUGGUUCAGAAGAAAUUCAAUAUCAUGCGCUGAUAGCUGAUCGCCGACAAAAAGACCAUCUUUGACAUUGACUGCGCCGAGGAUGUCCUGCUCCUGCCGAGGCGCGCUGCCGUAUUUUGCGGAGGCCGCCUUGGCUGCUCCGCCUUGGCUGCUCCGCCUUGGCUUGCCCAGCGGCCGAAGGGUGUUGAGCGAGGGGCUGAGCUGUUUCGGCACGGGGGGGACCGUGGUGGUGCCCCUUCUUCUUGGGGCCGCCUUCGGCUCCUGCAUUGCCCGCUCUCUCUCCGAGCGAUUCCACACUUUCACGCGCUGCAU